AACCUGAGCGGUGUUGGACCACUGCUUCUCGGCAACUUUAUUCUUCAGAAAUUAGCAAGAAGACCUGGACCCCGUGUGAGACAGGAGAAAUGGGAAGCCCCCUGUGUGUCUCCGUUCUCUUGCUUUUGAGCAUCUUUAUCCAGUCAAGUGCCCAUGGACAAAGGCUUGGACUAGAGCCAUUUGCAAGAAGACCUCGAGCCGCUAGAAAAAAUGCAACGUUGCAGGAGACACAGACCAGAUUCCUGCUCUUUAAAGGGGAAAACGAUAAAGGCUGUCAGAUUCUGCUCCACCACCCAGACACGCUACAGCAGUGCGGCUUCAACUCCUCUCUGCCGCUGGUGAUGAUAAUCCACGGGUGGUCGGUGGACGGCUUGCUGGAAAACUGGAUCUGGCAGAUGGUGGCCGCGCUGAAGUCUCAGCUGGCCCAGCCAGUGAACGUGGCGCUGGCGGACUGGAUCACCCUGGCCCAAAACCACUAUGCCAUUGCCGUCCGCCACACCCGCCUCGUGGGCCAGGAGGUCGCAGCUGUUGUCCGGUGGCUGGAGGAAUCUGUUCAGUUUUCUCGAAACAAAGUUCAUCUAAUUGGGUACAGCCUGGGCGCGCACGUCUCGGGAUUUGCUGGCAGUUACAUCGGCGGAAAGAACAAGAUUGGGAGAAUUACAGGGUUGGAUGCCGCGGGCCCUUUGUUUGAAGGAACUUCCCCCAAAGACCGUCUUUCACCAGAUGACGCCAAUUUUGUGGACUCCAUUCACACCUUUACCAGGGAGCACAUGGGCCUGAGUGUAGGCAUCAAACAGCCCAUAGCACACUAUGACUUCUACCCCAAUGGGGGCUCCUUCCAGCCUGGCUGCCACUUCCUAGAGCUCUACAAACAUAUUACCAAGCAUGGCCUAAACGCCUUCGCCCAGACCAUAAAAUGCGCCCACGAGCGGUCGGUGCACCUCUUCAUUGAUUCCUUGCUGUACCCCGACAAGCAGAACACGGCCUACCUGUGCAGCGGCAUGGACAGCUUCAGCCAGGGCCUGUGCCUGAGCUGCAAGAAGGGCCGCUGCAACACGCUGGGCUACCACACCCUCCAGGCGUGGAAAAGCAAGAAAAGCAAGAAACUUUUCCUGGUGACGCGAGCCCAGUCCCCCUUCAAAGUUUAUCAUUAUCAGUUCAAGAUGCAGUUCCUCAACCAAAUCGAGAAGCCAGUAGAACCAACUUUCACCAUGUCACUCCUGGGAACAGAAAACGAAAUGCAUAAAAUCCCCAUCACACUGGGCGAAGGAAUUACUAGCAAUAAAACCUAUUCCUUUCUUAUCACAUUGGAUUCGGAUAUCGGCGAGCUGGUCGUGAUCAAGUUCAAGUGGGAGAACAGCGCAGUGUGGGCCAAUGUCUGGAACACGGUCCAGACCAUCAUCCCGUGGGGCACCGGGCCCCUCUACUCAGGCCUCGUUCUGAAGGAGAUCCGAGUCAAAGCAGGAGAAACCCAGAAAAGGAUGUCAUUCUGCUCAGAAAACACGGAGGACCUACAGCUUCACCCAACCCAGGAGAAAACCUUCGUGAGGUGUGACGGAAGCUAUAAAAAAAUGAAGCGGAGGGACAGAUGAGUUUUAAUGAAGACCCAGUAUAAAGAAGAAAUUAUCUUAAUUCUUA